UUUUAGAAUGGUAACCAUAUUGAAAAAUCUUCAGUGAAGUGUCUUAUAAUCUGUCAAAUGUUAUUUCAAUCCUAAUUACAAGAAUGCCCGUCAAAGUCGACAUAACACCACCACCUCCAGCAAAUUCAAAACAACCAGGAAUUACAAAAUCACUUUUAUACAACGGUUCAAAAUUUCACGGAUCACAAAAAUCAAAAGGAAAUUCGUAUGAAGUUGAAGUGGUUUUACAGUAUGUUGAUGAAGAAAAUUCAUAUUUAUGUGGCUAUUUAAAGAUCAAAGGUUUAACAGAAGAAUUUCCCACGUUAACGACAUUUUUUGAUGGUGAAAUUAUCAGCCAAAAAUAUCCUUUUUUGACGAGAAAAUGGGACGCUGAUGAGGAUGUUGAUAAAAAACAUUGGAGUAAAUUUUCAUCAUUCUAUCAGUAUGCAAAGACAUUUAAUUCGGAUAGUUUCGAUUAUGACGCACUAGCACAAACGGACUUUGUAUUUAUGAGAUGGAAAGAACACUUUUUGGUACCAGAUCAUAAAAUAAAGGAUAUAAAUGGAGCAUCAUUUGCUGGAUUUUAUUAUAUAUGUUUCCAAAAAUCAGCGGCAACCAUUGAAGGUUAUUAUUACCAUCGAAGCUCUGAAUGGUUUCAAUCGUUAAAUUUAACUCAUGUUCCAGAACACAGCAUACAAAUAUAUGAAUUUAGAUAAAUGUUAACAAAAUUAAAUCCAUACAAAAUACUUAUUAACAAGAUCGCAAACACUAAAAACAAAAAACCAAGAAAAAAACAAAAAAUAAAUAAAUUAUGAAUUCUAAUUGAAAUAAAUGAAAAAUAAGCUAAAAACUAAUUGGCCAAUAUUUUUUAUUAUACUUUUGUACAUUUAAAGAAAAAAAGGCACAUGUAAAAAUGAAAAUACGAAUCGAACAAAUUUGCUUUUAUUUUUCUUUUAAGAAAAUAUAAGAUGGUAUAUUUAUUAACUGUAUAGUUAAAAUCGGUUAUAAUGAGGGUGAAGGAACCUACAAUCAAUAAAAGCAUGCAUAUACACAUCUAUUUCGAAUAAUUAACUGAGAGAAAUAUCACUAAGACCCAAUUUGGUGACUCGCUAAAAAUAAACCUUCUCUGAACAAAAAUGAAAACUCGAUAUUCGAAAGACAAACUGGAAUACCAAAAAGUCGGAUUGGGAGCGCCCUAAUAUAUACAUUUUAUCCAGAGACGGAUUAAGAAAUUUUGCGCCCAUAAUCAAAUUAAAAAAUUAGCAUCCCUUGUAAUAAAAAUCUGUCAAUAAAGAUCUUUCUUUUAGUUCUUUAGUUUAAAGUUCUUAUUUCUUAGAACCUGUAAAUGGUGUUGAUUAUUUGGAGUUGCUCUUCGUCUCUGGCUGUCGUUGUUAAAUAAGAACGUAGAUACAUUAAACAAAAAACUACGCACGCGCUCCUUUGUAACCUCCCGCUUGUAGGCAUAUACCGCCUGAUUUGCCUUACGGACCCGCCUCUUAUUUUAUCUGUCUAGAAUAAUUAUAUAGUGAGAGAAAUGUCACUAAAAGUUAGUUUGGCGACUCUCACCAAAAGUUAUUGUUCUUUAAAGAAAACCUUUUGGUAUUUUAGAUUGUCUUUUGACGAUCAUGUUUUAUUUUUACUCGGAGAAAGGAUAAUUUUUGCAAAAAUAUCAUCAAAAGAGGUCCUAAGUUGAACCUUACUAAAAAAAUGAAUUACUAUAAGAGUGAAUUUUUAUUGGCAUCGAAUUGAGAGAUGGUUAUUGAAAUAAAUCGUUGUAUUUAUUUUAAUAAAAAUUAAUAACUGCUAGCUGGUCUUGUGUUUCAGGGCUCAAUGUUUGUAAGUCUCAAAAUUAAGAUCAAAAUAAUAUAUGUUGAUCGUUAUCGUCUACUAAUUCUAAUAACGGUUAGUCGGCUAUAACCCAUAUGUCAAUAUGUCAAAUGUUAUUAUAUGUUUCCAGAUAUAUUUGGAUUCUGCUUGUACCUUACCAAUUCUUCGUUAUAACCGAUUUUUUUGGCUGUAUUUCCAUCAAUUUUUUUCUUGAUGAAUAGAAGUAGGUUUUUUUUUUUGUUUUUUAAGGAUGAAACUGAUUUGUAGUAACGUUCAGAAAUUUUUAUUUUGUUUUUUUUUUUUUAUA